UCUAGCUUUUUGACGCCGAUCUGGACUGUAUUUAACGCCUAAGGUUUGCGGUUGUCUCAUAAUAAGGCUUGAGAAAGAGAGAGAGAGAGAGAGAGAGAGAGAGAGAGAGAGAGAGAGAGAGAGAGAGAGAGAGAGAGAGAGAGAGACGCUUUCCCGCACAGCAGAAUCAGGGGAGGGACGCCAACAGCAGCAGCUCCCGGACUCACUGCACACACACAGGGAGAGGACAUAGGACUGAAACUGGUGGUGCUGCGCAUUCGAAAAAAAAAAAAAAAAAAAAAAAAAAAAGAACAAUCACCAAGGACAAUAAACUCGAAAUUUGAGGGAAACGCAUUUGGGCACUAUGGAGAUGUCAGAACCAUUCUCACAGCAGGAGCGGCUCCAGGCUAUUGCAGAAAAGAGGAAAAGACAGACAGAAAUUGAGAAUAAGAAGAGACAACUAGAGGAUGACAGACGACAGCUCCAACAUCUCAAGUCAAAGUCACUGAGGGAAAGAUGGCUGCUAGACGGUGCGCCCGCUACAGGACCGGAAGAAGAUGAGACCAUGAAACAGCUGCAUGAGGAUGAAGCCAAGACCAGAGGCCUUGAGGAGACUAUUCUUAGACUGGAACGAGAGCUGGAAGAAUUGGAGACAGGUGUGUCUGCAACAUCUACACAAGAAAACCUUUCAGACACGGCACAGGAAGUCAACACCAUCAUUGUAGAAAAGAUUGUGACAGACUCUGUGAAAGAGGUCAAAGUUCACGUCAGCCCUCGUUUGGAGAAAUCUGGAGGUGACUUUGACAUGAUGAGAGCAGCGAUGUACUCCGUAGAGAUCACAGUUGAAAAGGACCUGGUGACGGGCAAGACCAAAGUCCUGUCAACUAACACUCUGCUCCCCAAAGACUUCUCACAGCAGGGGUUCAAGGUCUAUGAGGAUGAACAGAAAGUGGUGCAUGAGGUACGUACUGUGGAUGGGGCAGUAAUCAAUGGCAUUCACCAGCUCAGCUCUUCAGAGGUGGAUGAGCUCCUCCACAAAGCUGAUGAGGUGACGAUGAGUAAGAGCAGUAAGACCACGCCCCGCCUGGAGAGAGGGAAAGCUGAGGAAACUGAGAGGAUGGAGAAGGUGGAAAAAGACACAGUCCCAGCCGCAGCUAGCUCCCAUUCCAUAAAAGAGAUCACAGGUGUGGAGGCAAAUCCUGCAGCCCAUCAGACAGAAAUGGGUGGGGCCAGUGCAGAGAACCCGGUAACCAUGGUUUUCAUGGGCUACCAGAGUGUGGAGGAUGAGGAUGAGACAAAGAAGGUUUUGGGAAUGGAGAGUACAACUGUGAAGGCAGAGGUGGUGGUAAUCGAGGAUGGAGAUGCCAAAAACAGCGCCACUGACACCAAGGAGGAGCUGGCACCCCCUAAUGGCAGUCCAGCAGAGCCACCGAAAGUUGAAGAGGUAGCAGGCAAGUCAGGGCAGCCAGAAGCCAGCACUGCUGAGGUCAAGAGCAAGGAGAAACAACCCUGCAAAUGCUGCACUAUUAUGUGAACCCUAACAAACCCUUCCAAACAUGAACUUGACGAUGAAAUGCAACAACAUAUAGAGAGAACAAUAGCAAGGCCGAGAAUAAUAAACGUUCAGUGUCUUUUGAUAGAAAGCUGUUGUUUCUUUUUGAUUUUUAGCUGUUUUAUCUUUUCCCCUUGAUACUCUCUAAACUCAUUUUAGUUUCAUGUAUUUUUUUCUGGAUUCAUUGUGGCUGAUAUGAAUCAUGUCACAUUAGUGGCACCGUAGCCACACUUCUCUGAGAAAAUCAAAAAAUGAAAGACCUUAUUCUCGCUACCCUUUAACCGAACUGAAAUGAUCAACGUCCAACAAGUCUCUGUAUUCAGCAUUCACUUCACAUGUUAUAAUUUUUUUUUACCUUUCCAUAUGGAGGACUCAAAUAUCUCUAUAUAACAUGUAUAUUAUCCAUUUAUUUUUGAAAAACUGUUUAAUUUAUUUUGAGUUAACUUGUUAAAAACCCAGAAUUUUUGCAAAAGCAUGAUAUGUUGCAUGAUCUACACAAGUAUUUUCAAUUUCUCAAGAAAAGAAAACAUUGAAGAUUAACCACAACUUUAUGCAUUGUGCUCCAUUUAUUACUCAAUACGCUAUUACUUUGUUCUGGUUUUCCAAAGCUAGGAAUAAAAUUUGUGGGAUUUUCAGAGCACACUUUGCAUUUGCUUAGAUUUGAUGAAAAAGUUUUAAACAUUGUAAAUGUGAGUGCUUCUGUGUUUGUUCCACAAAUUGUUCCACAAAUACCUUUUUACUUCUAAUGUGGACAUGAGAAAGGUUUUACGAGUGCUUUCUUUGACCAGAAUGCCCCCAUUUUUUUUACUACCAAACACACACACAAACACACAUAAACACCAUGUAGUCAUACACACCCUGUUUUGUUUCCUCUUGAAAGGAAAAUACAUUUUCCUUUGCUCUGCCAUGAGUCAAGUAGACUGCGCUCUUUCAUUUUGAAAUGUAGGACAGGUGAGCUGAGGAGAUCUCAGUAAGCUCUGAUAUUUUGCUUUUUGGUAGUCAUUCUUAGUUUGGUUGGUCCAGCCAAGAGCAUGUGAGUUUGUAAUUUUACCUCUGUGUAAAUGACUGAGGGGGCCUACACAUUAAGAGUUUACGUUGUGUCAGAGAAUGCUGCAAAUCCAUUGAUUUCAAUGGGGAUGGUAAAUCAUAAGGACAGAGAGGAAAAACACAAGGAUUUGUAAUUAGCCAUUCUUUGACCAAUGUGAAUUUCAGACAGACGGGUCCAGUAGUGAUUUCAGACACCCAAUUCGCUGUAUUUCCACUUGAUUUCAAACUUACCUGGCUCUUUCAGCACCCUUAAUUAUCUUAUGCAUUUCUAGCAGUAAAAUGCUUCGUCAAGAGAUUUCUUUAGAGUGUAAGUGACCUAAAACACUGUUUUAUCAUAUAUUAGUCCCACCUGAAGUGCUCUAUUUGUUGGUAGUAGAGAUGCAGAGAAGAGAUUGAGUUGUUUUCUCAGUUACUUUCUCAUUACUGUAUGAUAUAAACAUGCAUUGGAUCAUUUUUAGUGUUCUCAUGAUUAUACAUGAAAUUAUAUCUUUAAUCUUUGUAUCUCAAGAAUAUUUCUAGUACUUGAACAGCCCUGCACAUUAUCUGACAUUCAGCUGUGUUUUAGUAUCAAGUUGGUUGUGUCUAGGAUAGAUUUAGAUUGUAUGCUAGUCCACACUGCCAUCAGCCCCCCUCUAAAACAGGGUGAAUGACAGCUCAUUCCUAACAAGUGACAUCACAAGAAAACGGCCAAUCCUAUACAAGAUCCCUCAUGUGUGUAAACUUGUGUCAGAAUAAGCAAAGCUCUCAAUUCCUGAGACAGAAUGGACAGUAAGGACAAUAUCCACCUUUCCUUGGUUGUUUCGGCAUCAAGGAAAUGGCUGGAAGUGUGGAGGGGUACCGGAAACAUUUCAAUAGGUUAUGCCAAAUAUUCCAUCAUAGAUGGAAAUGCUAAUAAUUUUAAAUACAUUAGAUUACAUUUGGGAGUGUAAACCCUUUUUAAACCCUUUUUGCACCUUACUUAUAAAUUACUUGCUUCAUACAUUUUUAUUUAGAUUUGGGAAAUUGUUGCAGUUUGCUAAACUAAUAUUAGGGGAAUGAAAUGAUGUAGUGCUUAGUUCACUGGCACUGCUAGCUGGUGCAGGGGUGUUCUAGAUGGAGUGUGUGUGUGUUUUUGUGUUUUCAAGUGUGUCUUCGUGGUUGCAUUCAUGAUUUAUGUCUGUUAAUAUGUGUCAUAUAUCUUUCAUAUCUCAUUAGUUGUAAUGAUGUCUGUUUAACUGCCCUAACAAUGAAGAUGAGCGCUGUGGAGAUCGGUGUGUGUGCAAAGGCUGAAACCCCAGACUUGAGGAGCCAAAAGAAAUCAGCAUGAAUGCAGUUAGUAAACUCUUUUUUUUUUAUUAUUUGUCAUAAGUUUCAUCAUGUUCGUACACAUGCACACACACACAUGAGAAUAUGGACACUUUUACUGAGUGCACAGCAGUUGACUUGUGUAGCUCAACUGGUAGAACGUGGCACUAGCAAUGCCAAGGUUAUGGGUUUCAAUCCCAGGGAACACACAAACUGAUAAAAUGCAUACCGUGAAUGAACUGUAAAUUGCUUUAAAUAAAAGCAUCUACUAAAUCCAAACGUUUUCCCACAAUGCUCAACUGAUAAAAUAUAAAGGCAACUAAACACUUGUUCCAGAACUGUGCUUCUGGACCAUCUCCAUUAAUGCCCAAUCUUUGCGUCACUGUGAGUUUCAUUGUUACACCUUUGCCACAACAACUUGCUGUCAGUACUAACAUUCCAGUUCUGACGAAUUUUUCACCCCUGAAUGCCUUGUCGUCUGGCCAUGGGCCUGGCGUAUCUCUUUUGUACACAUGCAUGCUUUUAUAGGUACAUAAAUAACAAUUCUACAUAUACAUAUUCAUUUCAAUGUUAGAUAAUGUCCCUGUGCUUAAACCUCUAACCAUUGCUGACAAACUACUAUAAUGAUAAAGUUCAAAGGCAUGAUAGCAGAGAAAAUGUAAGACCAUCUAACCUGGUUCUAAUGAGCAAUGAGAUAUAAAGGGCAGCCCAGACAGGGUCUCUUUCUACCUGUCCAAAUGGUCCUCUGUUGGUUAUAAUGAAUGUGUGUGUAUUUGCUCUUACUGCCACUGUUGUCUGUACGUUGUGAAGGUCUGCUUUCUUAUCAACCUGAAAGAGCUGUAGAUAGAGUUGGAACGAGAUAUUAAAAUGUGAUGUGCUUUACCACUGCCUCUGUCUUGUCUUUUUUUAACAGUGCUUCUUAGGGUAUGCACAAAUCUGAAAUGUUGACAUGUAAACACAUAAUGUAUAAUAAAAACUUGAUUUAGCUGUGUGAAAACGUGUCCUAACUAGAUGUGACCGCAAUAAAAGCGACAGAACAUUACUUGGGUUCCACUUGGCUGCCAUGCUAGGUAGCCUCGUCCACAGUGAAAUCUCUUUGGUCAGAAAUUCUGCUAUACAUAAAUGC